CAUGUCAGCUAGCAAGGGGCUUCCUCUGCUGCUCUCCUUAUUUGGUGGUCUCUCUCGUGGACAGAGGCGAAGACUGCACAAGUGCAGCAAAACGAUCAGAUCUAGCAGAAUUCUCUCGAUCUCAUCGGCGGCGGCGGCGGAGCAGCGUGCGGAUCGGAGAUGGCGCCGAGCGGGUGGAGGAGGAGCGCGGGCGCGCGGUCCCUGUGGCGCCCCGCCACGGUGUGCCUGUGGCUCGCGCUCGCCGCCGCAGCUCUGACGCUCGCCCAGGCUAAGAAGGACCUGACGGAGGUUACCCACAAGGUCUACUUCGAUAUCGAGAUUGACGGCAAGCCCGCAGGUCGGAUUGUCAUGGGGCUUUUUGGGAAGACUGUUCCUAAGACAGCAGAGAACUUCCGAGCUCUUUGCACAGGAGAGAAAGGAGUUGGCAAGAGUGGCAAAGCCCUCCACUACAAGGGAAGUGCAUUCCACAGAAUUAUCCCCAGCUUCAUGCUCCAAGGAGGUGACUUCACUCUUGGGGAUGGGAGGGGUGGUGAAUCUAUCUAUGGCUUGAAGUUUGCUGAUGAGAACUUCAAGAUCAAGCACACUGGACCAGGCCUUCUGUCCAUGGCCAAUGCCGGGAGAGAUACAAAUGGAUCUCAGUUUUUCAUCACCACUGUGACAACAAGCUGGUUGGACGGGAAGCAUGUUGUGUUUGGCAAGGUGUUGUCUGGAAUGGAUGUUGUGUACAAGGUCGAAGCUGAAGGCCGGCAGAGUGGGCAACCAAAGAGCAAGGUUGUCAUAACAGAUAGUGGCGAGCUGCCUAUGUGAUGAGCUAAACUGAUGUGUUCCAUCUUGAAGCAUAAUAAGAAGUUGCUAGUGGUCGUUUGUCGUUAUAGAACUGUUAUUAGUGGCUGAAACUGGCCUGAGCCAGUUUGUUCUGUUUACUACAGUGACUUCCUUAUUUACUUAGUUGGAAAGUUUUAAAAGGUUGAACUAAUCAGUGGUCUCACGCAUCAUCAUCUUCAUCGUUAUCAGUUUCAUCUGCCAGAAUAAUCUUGUGGUUGUUGAUCUACGCCAUCUUCAGAAGUAAAAUGUUUUAUUGAAUAUCAAAUUGAAUAAACUUGGUUGAAA